AUGUCCAAGGCCGCUGUUGGUACCAAGUUCCGAAUGACCCUGGCUCUGCCAGUCGGUGCCGUCAUGAACUGCGCCGACAACUCGGGUGCCAAGAACCUGUUCGUCAUUGCCGUCCACGGCAUUGGUGCUCGUCUUAACCGUCUCCCCGCCGCCGCCGCCGGUGACAUGGUCGUCGCUUCCGUCAAGAAGGGUAAGCCCGAGCUCCGAAAGAAGGUCAUGCCCGCCGUUGUCGUCCGCCAGCGCAAGCCCUGGAGGCGUCGCGACGGUGUUUUCCUCUACUUCGAGGACAACGCCGGUGUCAUCGUCAACCCCAAGGGUGAGAUGAAGGGUUCCGCCAUCACUGGACCCGUCGCCAAGGAGUGCGCCGACAUCUGGCCACGAAUUGCCUCCAACGCCGGUACCGUCGUCUAA